AUUAAUGCUAUGCCUGACUAUUUAAGUGACUAUAUUCUGAUUAUAAACUAAAUAUUACACUACUGAUGCUCAACAUACCAGCAAAUGACAUCUCACCGGAAGUUUUCGAGCUGGCUUAUAUGAAUGCGGCGGAUAUUCUAAAGAACGCUCCGUGCAUAAAGUCCAUUGGGCGGGUUUUGUUGUGAAAACCUGGCAACCCUAAGGUUGAGGCAAGUUGGCGCUAAACUCUGCAGGACCGAGUUGGAAACCAUUGAAUUAGAGAAACCGUCUUGGCCACUAAGCCCUGUCUAUUUCAUACUAAUUGCAAUUUUCACUUUUAAAUAAAAAUGUUAGAUUAGCAAGUUACCUAUCACAUUUUCCAUGUAAUUUCCUAUUUUUUUUACAGUCUAUGGUAAUUUCCCAUAACCAACAAAAUAACCUCAUGACCAUUUCCUCUAACAAUAUAUCCCUGUAUUCCAUUAAAAGAUAAAAUAUAUGUAAAAUAACAUCCUUUGUGCUGCUUCAGCCAGAGGCAUGAGUGAAUGUUAUGCAUCUGUGGAAAUGAGAAAGGCUUUUCAGGCCUGAUCAUGAGUGCUGGAGGCUGGGGGGUUCAGAAAUGAUCCGCUCCUCAUGACCACAAACCCUCUCAGUCCCUCCAGCAACAUGGAUGAUUUCAGGACGAGCACCAGUGGCGCAGACAACACGCCGUUCGGAGAGACUUUAACGCGGCACACAGUUCUAAACCUGGCUAUAGGUGGAUUCACAUCUCUGUUAGUCCUAGUAACUGUCAUCAGUUCAUUCGUCUUCCCUACACCUCCUCCGACACCAUUAAAUAUCUUCUUUGUGGUCUGCAUCAUCAUGAUCUGUUCCUCUGUAUUGGUGCUGAUUUUCUGGUAUCGUCAAGGUGAUCUGGAUCCAAAGUUCCGUGGUCUGAUUUAUUAUUCCAUUGGUCCCAUUAUCCUUCUCUGUCUGUGUGCAAAUCUGUACUUCCAUGAUGUUGGAAGAUGACAUGAUUCAGACACACCACUCAUACUGAGCACCGUAUUAAUUCUCUCAAGCUCAAAAGUUGUAAAAUUAUUAUAAAUUAAUAAUCUGUCAGAAAGGAGCCUCACAGUUUUCAUUGUGUACGUAGAUCGAUACUUGUUCAAAUCUACCAGUUUAUUAUAUAUAUUUGGACAGUGUACAUUAUGUAGCUAUUUUUUUUAUGCCAAAGUUGAAUCAUUAUAUACUAAAUAUUUGUUCAUUAUUUUCUGUUGAUGUCAAGAGUCAUGCUAAAUGCUGUGGUACAGUUACUUAUAUAAAUUAUUGUGAUUUUUUUUGUUUUGUUUUGUUUUUUUGUUCUGUGAACAAUGCUGGUACAAAAGGUCUGAGCCGUGACAUGAAUAAAAUAAUAUACAUGUACAGUGGAA